AUGGAUCACGAUCGAGACGACGAAGCGCUAACGGUACUCGCGAAACUCCACGCGAAUGGGGAUAAAUCGGAUCCCAUGGUGAUAAGUGAAUACAAUGAGAUUAAAUCCAACAUUCUAUUUGAAAGGGAGUUUUCUGCAAAGAGUUACAAAGAGUUGGUGAAAAGUGGACCGGAGAAUAUUCGCCGUAGAAUGAUACUUGGCAUUUUCAUCCAGAUUUUUCAACAGCUGACUGGCAUCAAUGCCAUCAUGUAUUACGCGCCACAAAUCUUUACCAACGCUGGUCUCACGAGUAAUUCUUCAAAACUUCUUGCUACGGGUGUCAAUGGCAUCGUCAAUGUUCUCGCUACGAUACCCGCAAUUCUUUGGAUCGAUCAUUGGGGUCGUCGACCAACUCUAACUUACAUCAUAUUCGGAUCAUUCUGUGUCAUAAUGGCCGCAUCAAUUUUCAUAUUCUACCCCGAGACCAAAGGAAAAUCAUUAGAGGAGAUGGAUCAUCUUUUCGAUAGUAAUCCAACACAAAGGCCAUCGACCUUGGAGAAAGGCCAGGUUCCCGAUAAUGGUCAGGAUAAUGGGAAAUCGAUGGGUGCUGGCGACUUGGUCACUCAACAGCAGGAUAAAGUUGAAGAAGAGUCUACUGUGGCUGACACGAGAGAAGUUACAGAUGCUACUUAG